AUGAUAGUCGGAGGAUACAUGGACAAAAUUCAACACGUACCGUACGCAGUUUCCUUGAACAGACCACAGUUCGGUCACUUCUGCGGGGCUAGUUUAAUAUCCAACAAAUGGAUUAUUACGGCGGCGCAUUGUGUGAACACAGCCAAUGCAGCCGAUCUUACGGUUCGUGCUGGAUCCACCUACAAGAACAAGGAAGGCCAGCUUCGAAAUGUGAAGCAGAUUAUUUUCCACGAGCAGUACACUCCUAAGAUAUCGUACGACUACGAUGUGGCCGUGCUGGAGAUGACUGAACCGUUUCAGUUUUCAGACAAAAUCUCUGCGAUAUUGUUGGGAGAUGACAGUCAAAUGUAUAACAUCAACCAGGACUGCCUCGUUUCAGGUUGGGGAACGACAAAGGAUUCCAAGAACCCCAACCAGCAACUGAAAAGUGCCAUGGUAGCACUGGUUGGGAUCACUCCGUGCAGAAAAAUGCUGUAUCCGAGUGAAGUUUCGGACAGGAUGGUGUGUGCCGGUGGUCAUAAUGACGACUCCUGCCAGGGAGAUUCGGGAGGCCCGCUGAUGUGCGGCGGAAGGCUUGCGGGGAUCGUGUCCUGGGGACAAGGGUGCGGUGUCCAAGGGAAACCUGGAGUCUACACGUACGUUCCUGCCGUGAGGAAGUGGAUCUGGCAGAAGACUGGAAUUUGA